GUUGUACUGUAGUGGUGUUAGUAUGGUUGCCGGACAGAACAGCAAAAAAACCAAAACGGCAGCUCAGUGAGAUCAAGCUGAGAAGAUGGAAAAACCUGGAAGCCUCAAAUUAAGUUACAAGAUUCCUCUGGAUGUUCUCGUCACUAUACUAUUGGUACUUCCCGCUGCCAUUUUGAAUUUGUCUGCUAAACCUUACCAGCGUGGCUUCUACUGUGAUGACCACAGUAUUCGAUAUCCUUAUAAACCAGAUACCAUUUCUACAACCGUUUUAAUACUAGUUGGUGGUCUUAUACCCAUAAUAACAAUUAUAAUAUGUGAGAGGAUUCUAUUUAUACAAUACCAAUCUCAUGAGGGCACUAGAAUUACCAAGUACCAGUAUGAGGCCCAGCGCUUGAGUCCUAACUUCCAAGUGAAUGGUUAUUUUGUGGCUCUUUACAAGUACAUUGGCGGUUUCAUUGUAGGAGGCUGUAUCAAUCAAACGCUUACUGACUGUUCAAAGUUCAUAAUUGGACGUCUGCGACCUCAUUUUCUUAGUGUGUGUGCAAUAGACUACAUGCAAUACUGCCCCCAAGGGUUUGGGACAUUUAUGUACAUUGAGAAUGCAACAUGUGUAGGAGAUGGUAGUGUUGGAGAGAGUAAAAUUUUGGAUGCAAGGUUAUCUUUUCCAUCUGGCCAUGCAUCAUUUGCUUUUUAUGCAUUUAUGUUCCUGUUUGUUUAUCUGCAACUUAAAAUGGACUGGUAUUAUAUGCUGAGAACACUUCUGCAAACAUGUUGCUUUGCAUUUGCCCUGCUCACAGCGCUCUCUAGAGUUUCAGAUUACAAACACCAUACCGGGGAUGUUAUAGGUGGCGGGCUUCUUGGCACAGCCGUGGCAUUAUUUACAACACUCUACAUAUGCAGAUUGGUGGAAGUUUACAAACGUAUGUGUGUGAUUGAAAAUCAUGGGAUUUUGCUUACACUUGCACCAGUACCUCAAAAAGACAACUAUGGAUCAGUGGAAGCAACACAAUCACUGUCUCAGACCACAACAGUGUGUAUUGAAGAAUAAUACGGAGAUAAUUUAUAUUUUGUCUAUGUUACAAAGAUUAUGGCAUUGAUAUCAGAAAAAAAAAAAGAAUGAAAAUGAACUUGCAUUCUUCAUACCACGUCCGCAAGUCUUAAAGAGUGUCCCCAAGGAAAUUUUAGAGUUAUUGACCAAGUGGCACUUAAUUACAAACGGAUUUAGUCAUAAUGUUGUCACAUUGAAGUCACUGCAAUUGCCAUGUUAUAGACUUUGUAUAUACUGUACUGUAAUACAGUAUUAUACCAUAAUAGCUGCCAUAGAUUACAGAUUACUGUAUAUGGAUGCUUCUUUCUACAUCGAAUAGAAGCAGUGCGCUUUGGUUUAUUUAAAACCCUAGGAUGGCCUUCUUUUCGAGAUUACUUUUGCAAACUAAGAAAGGAGACGCUUCGUGUGGAAUUCAAAAUUCUAUUUACUUUUUAAAAAAUUUUAACCAUGCUUGUACAAUAAAAUACUAUUGAUACUGACACACUAUUUUUAUGAU